GCCACACACACACACACACGCGCCACCCUACAACACAACUGAGCUUGUCUGACAGAAUGAGCAAGACUGUGUGUGUGCGUGUGAGACACCGAGAGGCAGCCAAGAUGAAAGUGUGAAGCAGUGAGAGGGAAAACCUAGAAAAAACAGCAAAGGCGAUCAGAAAGGGAGGGGAGAGGAAGAGUCAGCGAGCACAGCAGGAAAGGCAGAGCAGAAGAAAAGACAGAAAAGAGCAAAGGGAGAUAAUGUGAAUGUUACAUCUUUAAUAACCAAAUGUACCAAAGCCAGGAGAUGUAAUGGCUAGAUGACCACCCUCUACAAACACACCAGCAUCCUGUCCUGGAGCCUUGACAGGAGGGGACAAGACAAAUUCCACACCUUCAAAGCUCUUCAACCAGUCCCACACCACCGAACCAUGUCGUCUGCUGGGUCAACUAACCUCAACAAACGCCAGGCAUCUGAGACAGACAAGACUCAGAGGCUGUUAAACAAUGACUCUGCUCAACACCUAAAACUAAGAGAGAGACAGCGCUUUUUUGAAGAGGUCUACCAGCAUGACAUGGACAAUUACUUACCUACUGCCCAGCUGCAGAUUGACCACAGGAAACCCCCCAUGGGUAGUAUCUCUUCGAUGGAGGUGAAUGUGGACACUCUUGAGCAGAUGGACCUGAUGGAUGUAUCGGAUCAUGAAGCCCUUGAUGUGUUCCUGAACUCAGGCUCAGAAGCAGAUGAGGGAGCUCCGGCGUCUCCACUACCAGAGGGUGAGGAAGACGAUGAAGACGAUGAAGAUGCCGAGGUUGUCUACAGGGAGCGUGCAUCUCUGAAACGACAAAAUGAGCCGUUCCGUAGCUCGCAGUCUCGCAUUUCGUCUACAUCGUCCGCUUCCAGUGAUAGCAGCGCGAGUGGCGUGGACACACCUGUGAUCCAGUCGGAUGAUGAAGAAGUCCAUGCGGACACUCUGCUGCUGACCUCUGUGCCCCAAACUAGGGAUGAAGAAUCAGACGAUGAAGAAGCUGAGGAAAGAUACCAUCCGACUAAUCAUGAUAACGCCUAAAUUUGAAUCACUUAGGAGCAAAAAUCUCUCUCUGUGUGUGUGUCUCUCUCUUUCUGUAAUUGAAUUUCCUCCACAUGGAUGCAAACCCCAGCAUGGCUGGCCCAGCGGAAAAGUUCUGUUUUUUGAAAGUGUACUUGUCCAGAAUUUUCCUUUGCAAUUUAGUGUACACCCUUUUUAAUUUUCCAAAUAACUGUGGGAUACUUAAUGAAUUAAUUACUAACUGAAAUUCCUAGAGGCUGUGUCACUAAUGCGCUUCUAUGCAAAUUUCAAUAUGGGGCAUUCCAUGCUCAUGCAGUAACUUGUUUUGGUUAAGAGGAAAUGGCUCAAAGGUGAAGCUACACAAAUCUUACUGCCGGAGGGAACUUUCCCUCCUCCCCAUUUUUGAAGCUACAGGUUCCAGGCAGCCGUGUGAGGAACAAAACUGAAUUGAAAUUGUAUUUGCUGAGUAAACCAAUCUUUAUAAAUGGCUUGCAUACAUGAAAAGGGAAAUUCAAGAGAACUGUAGUAACAAUAUAAAGCCUUCUUAUGUUUCACACUGAAACGUAAAAAUUCUGGGCACCUUGGAUCAUCUUUUUCUUCUUUAUUGGCAAUUAUAGUGCAACAGAUACUAUUCCCACCAUGCAAGUUAUCAGACUUCUCUAUGAACACCUUCCUUAAGGUGUGGGUCAUUUCAAAGGGGUGUGACUAUGAAACCUAAAUAACCUGUGCUGGAAAGACUUUUAUGAAAAUCAAAAGCUGCAUAAUACAGCUCAAUUCUUAACUUUACACUUCCAGAAGGGUGCAUUUAUACUUAACUUUAUGUCUGCUAUGUAUAUGUGUACACAUUUAAGCAAGGUUAAAACAACACGUCGCUCUCUUCAGUUCUUCCUCUCGAGAAAGAGAAAGUAAUUCUGAGUGUGAGAGAGUCUAGAAAGGAGAAAGUCUUUAUCAGCACAGAAAGAUAAAAGUUAAAGUUAAAACAAGUAAGUAAAAACAUUUUUAUAAGUGAAGCUCCACUUUUAACCUUGAGACCUCAGUGAUCGAAGUAAAAGAAGAAAAGUUAGAGUGAGCUGUUUAGCCCAUUAUCUGUGACUUCUUUGUCCUAAGUGUGAGAAUGCCUUUGUGCAAGUGUUCAAUCUGCCAGCAUCUGGCUUGAAGGGUAAUGUGCCUAUACAGAGUUCAAAGUGGAAAAUAUACAAUAAAAGCCAGGGCACGCUCCUCGUUGUGAUGAAAAGAUCAAAAGAAGAUAUUAGAAAUGAGUCACCAAAGCGAGUCCCAGUGAAUACCCUCCUCCUUCUGCCAAAAUUUAUAUUUCUUUAAGAGUUUUUAAAUUAUUGCUUUAUGCAUGUGGGAACUACAGAAUCAUGAAUGGAAAUAUUAUAUUUACAAAUGCAUGGUUAUUUGUUCUUGUGGCAACUUCAUAUGUUUUCAGUACUACUAGUGUUGCAUUAUUGAACUAUGCAGGUGGCACCUGUCCUCAAUUUGACAUGUUUUUUGGACGUUGCAUAUUUAUAGCUAGAAGGAGAGGCAGUGACUCAGGUGAAAGCGGUUUGUGUGUGAAUGCUCAGUGCUUAAUGUGCGUCUACGCAGAUGCCAAACGUUUCGUGCAUUCCCCAGCCCGGCCCUAUGACUACUUUCAAAACAACCUUUACAUAGUGUUGCUAUGAUGUGUGCAUCUUAUUGCAAAAUGAAAAUAAAAAUAAUAAAGAAAGAAAG